AUUAUACCGCUAGUGACCAAGAAAGUCUGAAUAAACGAAAAAAAAAUGGUAAAUGUAAGUGAGUGGAAGGACAAAAAACGGAAAAUGUGUAGAGAUAGUGGAAAAUCUUUCAUUAGCCGGACAGGAAAGCAGAUUCUCCCGAAAAUAGCCCCAGAUUCACCAAAAGCUUGCAGCGAAUCUUGCAGAAAAGACUGCGGUAACUUGCGAAUACAAAAAGUUCGUGAUAUAUUCACAAAGUUUUAUGACAUCUCAUAUGACGAACAGUCUUUGGUCCUCUUGAGAUAUAUUUCUCUACAAGAACCUAUUCGAAGAAGACCGGGAAUAACAGAUUCGUCUUCUCGGAGACUGGCUACAUUUAAAUAUAAAAUUGAAAAUGUAGAUGUUUGUAAGAAAACAUUCUGCAAUGUUUUCCAAAUAAGUCUCCGCCGGGUUGACACUCUUCAGACAAAAUUGAAAAAUGGAGAUUUAUCCCCCAAAGAUCGAAGAGGUUGUCAUACAAAUAGACCUCAUACUUUGGAUAAUAAUGUGAGAAAUUUGAUUAAAUCACAUAUUGGGAAUUUUCCCUCAUAACCUUGCCAUUACAGUAGAAAUGCCAGUGUAAGGAACAACUGUUUGAG